ACAAACAUCUUGGUAUCAGGACAUCCUUCAUCUGAUAGUGAUGAUUUGUUUGAACAAUUUUUCACUUCCAAAAGAAUGAAUGCCUGGCAAUGUGGAGAAGGGGAAAACUCAUUUUUAAGAGUGGUCAAUCAAUUCAAAGCUCUACCAGAAAAAAUGAAGAGUAUUGAAAAAAUAGUUUAUCAUGAUGGAGUUACUCUGAUAAAGAAAGAAGGCGCCGCAAAUUUUGAUUUUGAAAUUCAAGAAGUAAAGUAUAUCAGUGGACCUGAUGCUUUGAAGUUUU